AUGAAGCAGCCACUAGGGUACGAAGAUCCGGAUCACCCCAAUCAUGUCUGCCACCUACAACGCUCACUGUACGGUCUUAAGCAAGCACCGCGCGCAUGGUUCAAACGACUACACGAUUAUCUGCUCUCUGCAGGGUUUGUGGCUUCAAAAACGGAUGUUUCACUAUUCCACUACUCGGCGGGUGCCUCCCGAGUGUUUCUAUUAGUCUACAUGGACGACAUCAUCAUGCUUGGCGAUGACUCUGCACUUAUCGACACGCUUCUGCAUCGUCUCUCCACCACCUUCAAAAUCCGGGAUCUCGGUACUCCGAGUUUCUUCCUUGGCAUCGAGACUAUAUCUGUAGAUGGUGGGAUGAUAUUGUCACAGCGUCGGUAUAUGGGGGACAUUCUAGCUCGGGCAGGUAUGACAGACUGCAAGCCACUUGCCACUCCAGUUUCACUCACACAGCCUGUGACGACUACAGCUGAUCUGUUUGAUAAUCCAACCCAAUAUCGCAGGCUAGCGGGCGCCCUUUAG